AAUGCCUUGAUCGAUCCAACCGAUCCAGGAUCGAAUCGAGUCAAAGAGGGAGGCAAGAGAUGGCCGUGGAUCUGUCGAGAGCUGUGGGCUGGUGGGAGGAGUGGCAGCUGCGGAUCCUCGUGCUGGGCAGCCUCUUCCUACAGCUCGUCCUCUUCGCCGGCUCCAUGGUGCGCAACCUUCGCAUCCCAAUGUCCAGGCUGUGCAUUUGGCUGGCCUACCUCGGCGCUGAUGCCCUGGCCAUCUAUGCGCUCGCCACCCUCUUCAACCGCCACAAGCAGCCGCCUGGCGCUGGGAGCAGCAGCGCCCUGGAGGUUCUGUGGGCGCCUGUCCUCAUCCACCUCGGCGGCCAGCACGCAAUCACGGCGUACAGCAUUGAGGACAACGAGCUGUGGAGGCGGCACAUCGUGACCGUGGUGUCCCAGGUCACGGUCGCCCUGUACGUCUUCUGCAAGUCUUGGCCCCACGGCGGUGACAAGAGGUUGCUGCAGGCAGCGAUCUUGCUCUUCGUCGUCGGGAUUCUCAAGCUCAUCCGGAAGCCAUUGACUCUGAAGAGCGCAAGCCUUGGCAGUGUUAUGACCUCUUCGAUUGUCUAUCCAGAAAGACGAGAAGAAAAUGAAGAAUCACUACGUCGCCUCUGUGCUUACCUCUGCCUUCCUCUUCAAACAGUGAUUACUUCUACUAAAGAUGCAGCAGAAAUGAAACGAGAGGAAGAACAUGAUUUAUCACUUGAAGAAUAUGUACAAAAAGCAAGGGAGCUCGUGCAGGUGACGCAGAUAGAUAAUGACGAGCGAGGAGGUGGUGUCCGUGAGGACAUUGAGAAACUAUUUGUGGACCUUUCAGCUCCAUAUUCUCGUCGGGUUCGCCAGCUAAGCUCUUACUUCAAGCUUCAUCACAAAAACGCGUAUUCAACUGUGGAAACCGAGCUCACGUUAGCAUUUACUAUGAUCUACACCAACUUUAAAUUGGUGUUCGCUUUGCCUGCUUCCGUUGUGCUCUUUGCGAAGACACAUCACAAAGAUCGUCAUUACAAGGAGAGUGAUGUCAAAGUAACUGCUGUAUUGUUCUGUUGUACAGCGUUGCUGGAGUUUUUACCCUUGUUCCUCAGUCCUUGUGUUACAGGAGCUAUUAUUUGUUCCAACAAGGUUGCCCAGCAUAACCUCAUAUCAUUCUACGCUCGCCGGAGCAGGCCAACCCAUUUCAUGAAGUUUUCCGCUCUCAUGUGUUGUAGUGGCUACAUUAACAAGCAUUGGUACAUAGAGCAGGCACCUCAAUCUGCAUACAUGGUAAUCAAACAAUUGAUUGUUGAACAUGUCAAAGAUGGAUGGAAGCAAUGCAUUAUUGAUGCUCCCAGUUACAAGAGAUUCAACAAUUUGAGAGGGCAGUGGACCCUGAGCAGGCACAAGUUACAUGGCCAGCAGCAGUGGUGGAGUUUACAGCAGGUGCCAUUCGACUGGAGCGUCCUCAUCUGGCACCUAGCUACUGAACUCUGCCUUCACCACCCAAGAACAUCAGCUGCAAUUGAAUUAACAGCCGCUCAAUCCAGUAAGCUAAUAUCCAACUACAUGAUCUACCUGCUCUUUAUUCGUCCAGAGAUGCUUAUGCCUGGCACCAGGCAGGGUCUUUUCAUGGCAACCUGCCAUGAUAUCGGGCUCAUGCUCAAGGGUGAGAACGAACCUCUGUCAGCAGAUGCAAGAACAGUUGCGCAGCAGAUUCUUCGCACAUCACAAUCUUCGUCGAUAGGGGAUAUUGGGACCAUGGUUCCAGGAGCCUGCAAGGUCGUCAAAGAAUUGAUGGAGCUGCUGGAGGACGAGGAGGAGAGGUGGAAGGUGAUCCAAGGCGUGUGGGUGGAGAUGCUCUGCAGCUCCGCCAGCAGCUGCAGGGGCUACCUGCACGCCAAGAGCAUGGGCGAAGGUGUGGAGUUCCUCACCUUCGUGUGGCUGCUCUUGUCUCGCUUGGGGAUGGAGACCUUCGCCGACAAGUUCCAGAGGCUCGAGCCUGGCCAAGGCCAAGGAGGAGACCUCGCUGCAGUUGCAGUCUUCUCGUUGGCUGAUCCAAUCCAAUCAAGGACAUCUUGA